AUGAUAGCGGGAAGCCCUGCAGAAGCAGCGAUCUGGACACACCAGCCGUUGAUGGUUUUUGGGGCAAUCACAUCGGGCGGCAAGGUGUCCCUGAUUUUCUUGGAGAAAGGAGUCAAGGUGGAUAACAAGACCUACCUAAAAGGCAUUUUAGAGAAGGAGUUACUCCCUUGGGCUGAUUCCCAUUUCGGCAACCGCACAUGGACUUAUCAACAGGGCUCAGCUCCAGCACACAGGUACAAUGUGGUACUGGGCUGGUGCGCAAAGCACUUCCCAGACCUCAUCUCGUCGGACGAUUGGCCCCCAAACAAACCAGGCCUGAAUCCAUUGGACCAUUCCGUGUGGUCAGUUCUUAAGAUGAAAGCCUGCUCUACUAGGCAUAGAAAUUUGGAUGCUCUACGUGCAACCCUUGUUGAAGCAUGGAAGGAUUUAGACGAAGACUAA